AUGGCGCCGCCGGUGGUGGAGGUGGCGCCUGUCGUGGAGGGGAAGAAGGUUGGCCGGGUGAAGUGGGUAAAGCAUUAUUCCUCUUCGCAGAGCAUCCUGAUCGUCGGCGACGGUGACCUCUCCUUUUUGCGGGCGCUCGCCACGGCCUUCGGCUCCGGAGAUUGCAUCGUCGCCACAUCCCUGGACUCCUACAGUGAUCUAAUUGGCAUGUAUAGCCAAGCGGAAUCAAAUGUCAAGGAGCUGAAGAGGAUGGGCGCCACGGUCUUGCAUGGCGUCGAUGUGAAAAACACGAAGAAACACGUUGAUCUCAAGUUUACUCGGUUCGAACGGAUUAUCUUCAAUUUGCCCCAUGCUGGGUUUAUAGGAGAGGAGACUCAAGCGCAUAUGAUCAGCGCGCAUCAGGUGCUGGUGAGGAGGUUCUUCCGCAAUGCAAGCCAUCUUCUUCAUCCUGACGGUGAGAUCCAUGUUAGCCACAAGACAGGGGAGCGUUACAACAGAUGGGAGAUUGAAGAGCUGGCCUCUGAGUUUUCACUUGUUAUGUUCAAGUCGCUCGUCUUCCGGAAGGAAGAUUACCCCGGAUAUAACCAGAAGAGAGGAGAUGGCGAAAGGUGUGACCAAGAAUUCCCUCUGCGUAAUGGCUGCACUUUCAUGUUCUCGCUCACUCCCUCUGUUUUUUCGUUGGUUCUGUGA